UAUUGUUUUGGAGAUUCCCAAUUUUGAGAUGGGGUCACCUAGUCACAAUAUUUCCAAUCGUGUCUCACUGGGUAACUGUGAUAAUGAAUCAGGUAAAUUAAAGAUUGAUUUGGAUGAUUUACUUGUUGAAGGCCUCCAGAAAGACUGGAACAAAAAGGUCAAACGACAAAAGAAGAAAGACAAGCGUCGAGAGAAACAGAAGAGGAGAUCAACCGACGGACCAGCAGAAAAUCGUUUCUAAGAUAAGAAGAAUAAUUCGACUGGUGCGAAGACAAGAAGGCAUGAAUAAGAAGAUAAUAAAAAUGAUGAGAGAAAUCAUUAAUUGUAUUGAGUUGGUUAAUGUUGAUUUAGAGUUACAGUCUCUGGCAAAUGGAAUCGAGGCCUUGAGAUUGCAAACCUCUGUUGCAAGACCAGAAAACCCUUAAAAGGUAAUAAUGAGAUAUAUGAAUUGUUAGACAUCAACUUUUAAAAAGGCAGUAUUAAGAAAUGUAUGAUGUUAACAUUUGCUCAACAGUUGAGACUGUCACGUACGCCAGUUGAGACUGUCACGUAUGUUUGCUUUUUGCUAAGAUAACAAUGAGUGUGCAAGGAAAUGCAUCUUGCAAUCUGGGUUGCAGGAUGGACUUUCUUUCUAAAAAAAUGUAUUGUAAUGUGUUUAAUCUGAUUAACACAGGGAGGAGGAUGCUGUGCAGUGUAGCAAUAGUUACUUACUUAGCCUACGCCUUAAGAUUUUGUAACAGCUUAAAGAAAAGAUUAAUUUGCUUUAAUGGAAAGAAGAUAGAGCAGCAAUUACUUAAUGUAUGUGUGCAGAAGAGGGGUUGCCAAAAAAGGAAAUGUUAACUUCCUGUAUCCAUAGCAACCCGACUGUUAGUGUGUGCGUGCAAGCGGAUGUGUUAAUGUGUUUUACCAAAAGGAGGCAUCCGGAAGAAAUGAUGUAUUGUUUUUGGGGACUAUAUAAUGUUAUGGUUUGGACACAUCCCCUGCCGCAUCUCGGGGUGAAGACUUACGCUUUUACUUUUGUUUUUUACUUGUUAAUAUUUUGCUUAUGAGUUAGUGUUUAAAAUAAAGCGAAGCCAUGUACAAUGGUGAUGCGUAAAAACCUUUAAACAAGUCUCUGAGUAAUUUAUUACGAGUAAAGUUAUUAUUCUAGUUUGUUCCUGAUUCUGUAUUGCCAAGCUCUGCAGAGGCAAAGACUCAACUGAGCUGAUCUGGUUCUGGUGGGAAGAAGUGCAGAACUCUCCAUUGCCACAGAGAAGACAUCAAAGGAAAUGAAGAGAGCAGAGUCACUCGAGAGCCUCUCAGAAGAGCUGGGGGAGGCCAAAGAAAUCAUCGAGAGGAUGAAGAAACAACGGCGCAUCUGCAAAUGGAUGAGUAUAAUACUGUGGAUGUUAAUAAUUCUAGGAUUAUUAUUAUUAAUAUUAAUUAGAGUGAGCUUUGUUCUAGAGUGGAGAAUUUUUACUAAUUCUUUGAUAUUAGCUGAGAUUUUAGUUCAACAACAAAAUGUUUCAGGAUUUGAAGUUUCUGUAUGGGCAACUGUUAAAGGAAACAGAACUAAAAUAGAGAACAAAACAAUAGGUUUUUGGAGAUGGCUAGAUAAUCUCCAUGACAAGAAGAAUGAUUACUACAUGGUUAGAAAACCAAAGGUCAAACUAAAGAGCACUGUAAAAAUAAAACAUUGGCACAGUAGUGACAUUGAAGUAUAUGAAGAAAAUAGUUUUAUCCAAGAACAAGAAGGGAAUAGGACUAUUAAAUAUUUUAUAGGUUCUACCUAUAGAACAAGUGAAAAUGAGGAACUAGGGGGAUGUUGGAUAUUUAGAUCAGCAAAAGAUUUUAACCCCUGGACAAUAAGACAGUGUAAAUAUAAAGGCACUGUUAAAAGAAGUAAGAGAGAUAAAAAUAUGGAUAAAAUAAAAAGUGCAGCAGGAAUAAGGGAAAAUGUUGAAAAAUGGAUAGAAACCAAUGGUAUGUUAUUUAAAGAAGGAAAUUUCAUUGUGUUAACGACAGUAAGAGACCGAUCAGUAGGAUCAAGAAAAACAGGAUAUGCAGAACUAGAAAUUACAUCUGAAACUAGAAUUAGUUUAGAGUUAAAUAAAACCGUACCAUGGAUAUGGAAAAGGAGAUUAGCUUUACCUAGAGUAAAAUUUAAUUUCAAAAUAGGUUACUGGGAAAUAGAUGAAGUUAAAUGGGAAACUGAUGUAUAUCUAAUCAAAAUGGAAAUAAAAGAAACAUUACAAACAGAAAUAGAAAUUAAAAACUAUUAUGAAGAUAAGGUGAAACAAAUAGAACAAUGUGUUAGAAAAGAAAUGGGUAAAAAAUACCAUGGACAAAAAUACAAAUACAUUAAGACUGAUAGUGUUGAUUUUUCCUAUGCUCACUUUUGUGACAAAGAUGAAGAGAAUAUGGACUGUGAUGAUUUCUGUAAUGGUACAGAUCCAAUCACAGGGAAUAAAACAAAUGAGAACUUAAGUAUAAAGAGAAGGUUAUACUUAAAAAGAUUAAACCUUAAUCGAAGGAAAGACAAAGAAGGUAUUUAUAGAAACAAUUUAGUUUUCUUUAGUGAUGCUGUUUUUGGAUUAUUAGGAAAUGAGUGUGGGAGUAUAAUUGAAAAAUGCUCAUCAGGACAUGAUCAAAUUACUAUUAAUCAAAUAGCAUCAGUGUUAUGUUAUUGGAGUAAGGGAAUAGUUCCCUUACCUUGGACUUUUAAGAGAAGUAAACUGGCUAACAAAUAUGAAAUGACUUAUGGAACUGGAGGGGUAAUAAGAAUCGUUAGUAGGAACCCUCAGUGGAAAAUGUUUUAUGGACCAGUAUAUUAUGCAACAAAUAGCAUGUUAAGGUAUAGAGUUCCAAAAGGAGGGAAAAAUGUACCCUUAACCAAAUUAGAUGCUAUAGCAAUUGAUGAUUUGUCACUAACAAUUGAAAGGAGAAAUUGGAAGGAAAAUUGGUGCAAAGCAAAAGAUAAAAAUUAUUAUCUGGGUUUAGACUGGUUGAGAAAUGAUCUAUGUAAUACUAGCAUAGAGAUCAAAGGUCAGAAAAUAAAAGGAGGACCAAGAUGGUUUGAAGAUCCUGGAGAAUUUGUGAAAAAAGGAGUGGAAGGUGUGAAAAAGGCAGCUGAAACUGUGUUUAAUUUUGUUACAACGGAUUUAUGGAGUAGUCUAAUUAAUCUCUUUAUUAGAGCCGGAUGGUAAAUUUUUA